ACAUGGCGAACAGUGGGGUGGAAACGGAUCUUUUGUCCGAAAUACAGAACGCUUUUCUCAGCGAAAAACAAAAUCUUGUAGUUCAAAACGUUGGAACUCAAUAUGAUCCAGUCGAAGUUUGUCUGGACAGAAGUGUGGCCGAAACAGUCAAUCAUGUCUUCAAACACAAGGUCAAUGAAGUUAAACCAGUAACAAACCAAAGGGCAUCUGGACGAUGCUGGAUAUUUGCAUUUUUGAAUGCAAUUCGCCAAAAAUUUGUGCAACACUUUAACCUGGAAGACUUUGAGUUUAGUCAACAGUUUCUCUACUUCUGGGACAGAAUUGAAAGGUCAUAUUUUUUCAUAAAUACUUAUGAAGAACUGGCUCGCAAAGGGGAAGAACCUGAUGGGCGAUUGAUGAUGUUUCUUUUGUCCAACCCUUUAAAUGAUGGUGGUCAGUGGGACAUGCUUAUCAACCUGGUGGAAAAGUAUGGCCUGGUGCCAAAGGCAGUCUGGCCUGAAGCAUUUACAUCUAACAGGUCCAUGAGAUUCAGGAGGAUAAUCAAUCACAAGCUGCGAGAAUAUGCUGUGCAGCUUAAAGAACUGGUGGACAAGAAAUGCAGUGAGGAGGAAAUGAAACAAGCUAAGAAGAAAAUGAUGACAGAGGUAUAUAGGAUAACAAGCAUAUGCCUUGGCACUCCACCCAAGAAUUUUGAGUGGGAGUAUAUUGACAAAAGUAAAAAAUAUUGCAAACUUUCAGGAUUAACUCCGCUUCAAUUUUACAAUGAGCAUGUCAAACCAGUUUACAACCCGCUUGACAAGGUGUGCCUAGUGAAUGACCCUCGAAAUCCUUACAACAAACUGCUGACAGUAGAGUACCUCAGUAAUAUGGUGAAUGGACGGCGUGUCUUAUACAAUAAUCAACCUGUGGAAGUUCUCAAGAAGUUGACAGCUGCGUCUCUUAAGGACAACGAGGCAGUUUGGUUUGGAUGUGAUGUUGACAAACAUUUUGAAAGAAAGAUUGGAGCACUUCAUUUGGACAUUCAUAGCUAUGAGUUGACAUUUGGCAUUUCCAUGAAGUAUUUAAACAAAGCUCAGCGUUUGCUGUAUGGUGGAUCGCUCAUGACCCAUGCUAUGGUGUUCACUGGAUUUUCCUGGGAGGAAAACACCAAAACUACAGACACUGAAGAUCCUUUAAAACCAGUAGAGGAAGGUGCUGCAGUGGACAUUAAAACCAUGAAAUGGCGUGUGGAGAAUUCCUGGGGUGAUGAGAAAGAUAAGCCAGGCUACCUUAUGAUGACGGACAGCUGGUACUCAGAAUAUGUCUAUGAGGUUGUUAUAGACAAGAAAUAUGUUCCGGAUGAUGUGUUGGGUGUCCUGCAACAGGAACCAAUAGUGCUGCCUGCUUGGGAUCCAAUGGGGUCCCUGGCGUGUGUUUCGUGUGACAAUGAGGUACAAAUAUCUCAUUUGUAAUAAUUAGUAAUGAUCCCUUGUAUUGAUAAGUUUGUAUGGCACGUUUUCAUAGUAUUUAGAAAAUAUGUAUCUCAUUUGUGAUGAUUAGAUAAUUCACUAUUAUUCUUAUUGAUAAUAUUGUAACGCACGUUUUUAUGAUAUGCAGCAAAUGUUGAGUGGAUAGAGGAUGAUCUCAUAAUUAUUUUCCUGGGCGUUCCGGCUGACGAUUACAUGCCACGUAUUUGAUCGAAUAAGCGCCCACGCUCUAGUAAGCGCCCUUCACGGAACAAGCGCCCACCCCUCCGGCUAUAAUGUCAAAUAAGCGCCCCCCUCCCCCUCCUCCCUCACUUUCUUUAAAAAAAAGUAGGGAUUCAAGAAUAUCUAGCCAUGAAAAUUCAAGAAGGAAAGUAACUUGGAAGGCAAGUUUUAACUUUUUUUGUCGAGAUAACAAAAUAAAGGUAAACAAGUUUACAUUUCAGAACUUUGCGUCACGGACUUUUACACUGAGUUCAGGUGGUGAUAGACCAAACAACUUCAACAUUCUUCGAGAUAGAUAGCUCCUUGGUACUGGAAAAAAAAACUGCUUCACAUUUUGACUUCAGAUCGUAUAAGCCCCUUGGUUUCUGGAGAACCCUUGCCAUUUAUUAAAAUAUUGUUUUUAACAAGUAUUGUAAAAUUACUAAUUUCGUGACGUCAUUUUAUGUUUUCUCUCCCU